AUGGAGGGCAGCCUAAGGCAGCUCAGCCUGGGCAGGGGGCCCGAGGGGGCUGGGGACAGCCAGGCCCUGGCUGAGUUGCAGGAACUGGCCCUGAAGUGGUUCAUGGAGACGCAGGCCCCCCUCAUUCUGCAGAAUGGAGCCCUGCCCUCCUGGUUUCACGGAUUCAUCACCCGCAAGCAGACAGAGCAGCUGCUCAGGGACAAAGCUCCUGGUUCCUUCCUCAUCCGGCUCAGCGACAGGGCCACCGGCUACAUCUUGUCCUACAGGGGCAGUGAUCGCUGCCGGCACUUUGUCAUCAACCAGCUCCAAAACCGGCGCUACCUCAUCUCAGGGGACACCCAGACCCAUGGCACCCUGGCCGAGCUCGUGCGCCAUUACCAGGAGGUGCAGUUUGAGCCCUUCGGGGAGACCCUGGCUGCUGCCUGCCCACGGCCAGAGGACAAUGAUCUGUAUGACGCCAUCACCGUGGGGCUCCAUCAGACCGAUCCGGGCCUGGAAAACCCACCUGCUGCAGUGUCCCCCACAGUGGUGCCAGACAAGGCCAGCCCCCGCCCCUCUCCAAAGCCUCAGGUCUCCUUCCUCCACAAAAAGAAGAGCCUGAAUGCACGUCCCCAGGACCUCUCCAAGGAAGAAAGCAUGGAGGCCCCCAUCAGGGUGCCUCCCCUCCCGGAGAGGAGGGCCUCCCUUCUGGACGAGUCUUUCGGAGGCCCCAACGACAUCGUCUAUGCAGACCUGAGAAAGAUAAACCAGGCACGGCUAGGCCUGGUCGCAGUUCCAGCCGGCAGCCAGGCCUGCUCCUCAGGCAAGGAGGACCCAAGGAGACUCUCAGAUGGAAGCCAGAGCAAGCCUGAUGGCCCAGGACCUACCCUGUCUGGGGUGGGCCCAGACCAGGGCCCUAGAGUGUCUCCUACUUCUCGGGGCCUCCUCCUGCCCCUCAGUUCUGAGGCCUUGGGAUCCUCAGCCUCUGCCUGGAGCCAGGGGUCUCCAAAGCUGAGCCACAGGGCUCAGCCCUGUUCCCUGGGCAGCUGUGCAGAUACCUAUGAGCUCGUCCAGACAGCAGGCCUCCCAAAGGAAGCCAAGGAUGUGCCACACCAAGAAGGCAGCAGUACCUACGAGCAGAUCCCAGCCAGGCCCCCCUAUCCUGGGGCCAGUCCCACAUAUAGCAGGCUUUCAGGGUCCACAGACUGUGGCUAUGAGAGCAUCUCAGGGACCCCGGAGCUCCCAGAGCCCAGGAACACCUAUGAACAGACUCCAGCAGCCAAGAGCAAGGAGCCUGGACGGACACAUAAGCCUGACAAGCUCCGGAGGCUCUUCUUCACGGAUAAGAAGCACAAACCCUGA